AUGUCAACCGAAAUAAAUCUCUUCUACUCCCCAGGCGCCUGCUCCCUAGCACCGCACAUCCUUCUCCACGAAACAGGUCUACCCUUCAACAUCCAACGCGAAAAGCUAGGCUCCUUCACACCAGAACUGUUAUCCCUAAACCCAAAAGCCAAAAUCCCAACCCUAACUCUCGACGACGUCGUGAUCACCGAAAACCCAGCCAUAAUGACCGCAAUCGCGAACAUGGCCCCUGAAAAGUAUCUCCUGGGGCGCCCGGGCACGCUCGACUCUGUCCGGUGUCUUGAGUGGAUGGCGUGGUUAUCAGGGACUCUGCAUGGGGUAGGGUUCGGGAUGACGUUUCGGCCCCAGCGGUUUAGUGAGAGGCCCGAGAACUGGGAAGAGGUCAGAGCAAAGGGGAUGGAGAUUGUGAAAGGCUGCUUUGAGGAUAUUGAGAGGAAGUUGGGUGGGGUUCAUGCUGUGGGAGACGGGUUUACGGUUGUUGAUGCUUAUUUGUUUGUCUUUUGGAGGUGGGGGGUUGAGGUAGAGCUUGAUGAGGAUUUGGAGGGGAGGUUCCCAAAGUAUAGGGCGCUGGCUGAGAGUGUUAAGGGUAGGGAGACGACCAUGAAGACGCUCCAGGCCGAGGGACUGUGA